GACAGAGAGAGGGAGAGAGACAGAGAAGGAGAGAGAGAGGGAGAGAGGUAAAGAAAGAGAGUGAGGGGGAGAGAGAGAUAUGGAGAAGUAGAGAGAGAGAGGGAGAGAGACAGAGAGAUGGAGAGAGAGAGGUAAAGAAAGAGAGAGAGAGAGAGGGAGGCUGCAGUAGAGCAGGUUUAUGACUUCAGUCUGCAGACGUCGUGUGUCGACAUUCAGCUCCUUCAAGCUUGCCAGUCCAUGUUCUACUGCCUUAUUUCAUAGAUUGAUUUUGUUGCCACUUGGCUUGAAGUUUCUCUGACAAAGGCGUGAACAUGUCCCUGCAGAAGGUGAACCUAUGGAACAUGUCCCUGCAGGAGGUGAACCUAUGGAACAUGUCCGUGCAGGAGGUGAACCUAUGGAACAUGUCCGUGCAGGAGGUGAACCUAUGGAACAUGUCCCUGCAGGAGGUCCAGCCGUGCAACAUCAGCCUGACACUGAAUACGAGCUGCACCAGCCAAGCAAUAGUUCCUAAAGCCACCAUAGAGAUGGAAUCAGUGCGCAUUCUGCUCUACACGCUCAUCUUCAUCAUCAGCGUAUUUGGAAACCUCCUCAUCAUCACUGUCCUGGUUGUCAACAAGCGUAUGAGAACGGUCACCAACUCUUUCCUGCUCUCGCUUGCCCUGAGUGACCUGAUGAUGGCCAUCUUCUGUAUGCCCUUCACCCUUAUCCCCAAUAUACUGGAGGAUUUCAUCUUUGGGGCCGCCAUGUGCAAGAUAGUCACCUACUUUAUGGGACUCUCCGUCAGCAUCUCUACCUUCAGCCUGGUGGCCAUUGCCGUUGAGCGAUAUAGUGCCAUCUGCAACCCGCUGAAGUCCAGAGCCUGGCAAACCAAAUCCCACGCAUACCGUGUUAUUGCUGCUACCUGGGUGCUCUCACUCCUUAUCAUGAUUCCUUAUCCCGUGUUCAGCAUCAUCAAGACUUUCCCCAAGACCAAUGACACUGUGGGCCGCAUGUGCCGCCUCCACUGGCCCAGUCAACAAGCCGAGCAAACUUGGUAUGUUCUCUUGCUAUUUGUUUUGUUCUUCAUCCCUGGAGUGUUGAUGGCUGUGGCCUAUGGUCUCAUCUCAAGAGUGCUCUACCGAGGCAUGCAGUUUGAGACAAAGCAGAAUAACACAGAGACUUCUGAGCUGAAGAACGGGGCGGUUGCAGAGCAGCCGAAUGAUGGCGAUGACGGUUGUUACGUUCAAGUUUCCAACAAGCCCUCUUCCACCGUGGAGCUGCCCACCCUCUCAUCUGGUGCCAAGACUGAGUGUUCUCGCAGGAACACCUCGGAGGCCAAAUUACAGGGGAAAAAACGUGUCAUACGGAUGUUGAUGGUGAUUGUGGCCCUCUUUUUUAUCUGCUGGAUGCCUCUCUACUUUGCUAACACCUGGAAGGCUUUUGAUUUAAGGUCAGCCUCUAGAAGCCUUUCAGGGGCACCCAUUUCCUUCAUACAUUUGCUGUCUUACACCUCUGCCUGUGUCAAUCCUGUCAUAUACUGCUUCAUGAACACACGCUUCCGCAAGGCUCUCCUGUCCACCUUUGCCUGCUGCUGGCGCUGCCGUUUAUGCCGCAAGUGUUGCUGUUUUAAGAAGCGGGAAACAGGAGGAGAUGAUGGCACUACCAUGGGGGCGACAAUGGCUACCACUGUGUCAAAGUACAGCUACGCCACCGUCAGUACCACCGCCUGAUGGAGCUUCCAUCCUUCAUUAUGCUUCAAAUCAUGCAGCCGUGUCACUUUAGUCUCUGCAUGGUGCCAAAUGGGACUUCUGUCUCAUUGUUAAGUUCCUUCAUUUGCUCAUAUUGACACAAUUACAUGUUAUCUAUAAAUACUUCUGUCUCAUUGUUAAGUUCCUUCAUUUGCUCAUAUUGACACAAUUACAUGUUAUCUAUAAAUACUUCUGUCUCAUUGUUAAGUUCCUUCAUUUGCUCAUAUUGACACAAUUACAUGUUAUCUAUAAAUACUUCUGUCUCAUUGUUAAGUUCCUUCAUUUGCUCAUAUUGACACAAUUACAUGUUAUCUAUAAAUACUUCUGUCUCAUUGUUAAGUUCCUUCAUUUGCUCAUAUUGACACAAUUACAUGUUAUCUAUAAAUACUUCUGUCUCAUUGUUAAGUUCCUUCAUUUGCUCAUAUUGACACAAUUACAUGUUAUCUAUAAAUACUUCUGUCUCAUUGUUAAGUUCCUUCAUUUGCUCAUAUUGACACAAUUACAUGUUAUCUAUAAAUACAAAGCAAUCAUCAUCCUGGCAACAGCAGAAGCAAAGCUUACUGAAGCCUUUUGCUUUUGUAUCACUAGUAGCGACUAGUGUAUCUCUUUACUCAAAUAUUUGUGCUCUUUUGCACCUUUGCAUUUAGUUAUAUUACAGCCCCAUUAAAAAUAUGUUUGGAUGAUCUUUUCCCUCAAAUGCUAGAUUAAAUACCACAUCCGUCCAUCCAUUUUCUCCCGCUUUUCCAUCCCGAGUCAAA